CGACCAUCUCUCAAUAUAAAGACGAAGCAGUAUCACCACGCUACUACCUUCUUUAAAUGAUACGUUUCCAAAAAGAAGAGAAGGAAGAUGAAUCUACUUUACUACCUACUUCAUUAUACAGUGUAAAACAUAGGCCCGGUAUCAGGAAAAGGGAAAAGGGCAUAUCAAGACUAAUCACUUUCAUAUUCAUACUGCUCAUAUUUCUUUUUUUCUUCCAUUAUAGAGAGGAAAAUGAGAUAAAGUGCGCACCAGCAUGGUCAAGCAUUUCAGCAUUACAUUGUCAUCAUAAAGCUGGCCAGGAAAAGUUUAAUAGACUGUUACAAGACCAAUCGCGCUCAGUCGAUCAAGCUAUACGACGGUAUAAGCAAAAGUACAAUCGAGAGCCGCCGCAGGGAUUUUCACAUUGGGUAGAGUAUGCUUUAGCAAAUGAUUCACCAAUUAUCGAUGAUUUUGAUCAGCUAGAGGCUGAUUUAAAGCCUCUUCGAAGCGUACCACCUGAUAUUCUAAAGGCAAGAAUUUACUCUGGUAUGAAUCAAGGUUAUGUCAAAUUAGCUGAAAUAAAAAAUGGGAAAGUCACGAUGGGUAAUGAUGAGCUCGGUCCUAUACCAAAGCGCGCAAGAGCUGCUACAGCCUUGAUUGAACCUAUUGCACAAUUCUUACCAGACAUGGAAUGGCUAAUGAAUUGGGGUGAUCGUCAGGUCGUACGCGGUCAAGCAAGUCCUAAGGAUCAUGAAAAUGAACAGGUAGUCUUAUCACCUUUUUCGCCGGAAAUAGCAACAUCAGUCCUUACAAGUCAAUGUACGAAAAACACGUUAGCAAACACUUCAAUUUCUGAAGACAGGCCGUCUUUAGAUAUAUGUAAAAACACGACUAAUUCAGCCCUCGCGAGAGAACACGGUGUCUUCCAUAGUAAAGCUGAUGGAUUUAAAGCUUCGCUUCCUGUAAUCUCAGUAGGCAAGUUCUCUACCUUCGAAGAUAUCCUUGCUCCUUGGUGUUACGGAGAGAAUGGAUAUAUCAUGCACAAGGAUGAUAAACUUCCCUCCUUCCAAUCAAAAGAACCAGCCCUAUACUGGAGAGGGGGCACAAAUGGCUUGACUCCUACCAACGUAGAAAAUUGGCAGUAUAACCAUAGAGCAAGAAUUCUAAUACGUUUGGCACAAAUGCAGGAAAUGUUGGCCGAUAGGCUCGGGUCAAAGAACUUGAGAAGUGUCCAAUCGCAGCUCAAAGAUAUAGGCUACAAUUUACCUUCUCUGACCAAAAAACAGACCGAGGAGCUUAGUAGGCUUUCUCCUAAAAAUUUCAACGUUGGGCGUGCUAGAGGGAACCUUUUCCCAGACCGAGAGUUACAGGAACACCCAGCCGAGACCUCUGUGAUUGAGUCAGUUUUAGGACGUCUAGAGGAGAAUGAUCGUACUGUAGCUUUUAACUACCGUUUUCUACUGGAUAUGGAUGGUUUGGGGGUCUCGUGUCGAUUCUACCGCUUAAUGGGUAGCGGAGGCGUCGUUUUUAAACAAACACAAUGGGCUGAAUGGCACGACGAUCGACUUGUACCGUAUGUUCACUAUAUUCCCAUUGAUUUGGAUGCUAGUCAAGUACCUGCGUUUAUGGACAUGAUGAUAAACACAGAUGUAGGCCGUGAUAUCGCAAACACCAUUGGCGACGAAGCAAAGCGCUGGACAAGUACUGGCUUACGUAAAGUCGACCUUACAGUGCUUUACUACAGACUUCUCUUAGAGCUUGCUCAAAUCUAUCGAGGUUGACUGAGAUAUGCAUCAGAGAAUAUAAUGUACAAUAUCGUUUCGCUAAAAUCUGUGUCAGUCCGAUAGACAGGUAUGGAAGUCCUUAAAU